UUUAUACUGUGGUUCUCAUGAUAAAUAUCUCUAUGCAAUUGACAUAAAUACUGGAAUAAUAAUGUGGAAAGAAAAGAUUGGAAAUGGGAGUAUAUUUUCAUCACCAGUAGUAAAUAAAGAACCAUAUUAUGUUGUUGCAGCAUCCUUAGAUGGAACCAUUUCAUCUGUCAAUCCUGAAAAUGGAAAUAUAUUAUGGACAUACAAUUGUCAAAAACCAGUUUUUUCUUCUCCACUGAAUUUGAAAUGUGGAUUAUGUAUAGGCUCUGUAAAUGGAGAUAUCCUUUUUUUGAAUCAUCAUGGCAACAUUAUGUGGACAGUUUAUAGUGAAUCUCCUGUCUUCUCAUCAGCUUCUCAAAUAUCCUUAGAUGCAAGUACGAUGGACAGUAAAGACUUUGUUGUUAUUGGAUCAGAUUCUGGUAUUGUAUUUUGUAUAAACUCAACUAAUGGAACUGUGGUGUGGACAUUUCAAUGUAAUUCAUCUGUUUAUGCAACUCCAUUUGUUUUUAUUAACAUUAAUCAAACAGUUAAAUAUUUAGUUGUUGUUGCUUCAAAGCUAGGAACGUUAUAUAUUUUAGAUGGUCUAACUGGUAAAGAAUUAUGUAAGUAUUCUCUUGAUGGAGAAAUUUUUUCUUCACCUGUUAUCUGUGAUAAUUAUUUGAUAGUAGGUUGUCGUGAUAACUUUGUAUAUUGCUUUAAAAUAUCAUUUUUAUAAUAAAUUGUGUUCAAAACAAAACU